UAUUUAUUUAUCUACGGAAAACUCCAUCUCCAGCUCCAAUUCCUGCUACGGCAGAUCAAAAAAUAAGAAAACUUGAACAGGCCGUUUUGGCCCUCAACAAUGAAAUCGUUAAAAUGCACACAGAGGCAGAAUGGAAAAGUGAAGCCCGAAGCGGAGGGCAAGUAUCCGUGCAUAGUCACAGAUCCGAAUAUCCUAGCGAAACCGAAACUCUGGGUCGAAUUCACGACCAUAUUUAA